AUGAAGGGCAUCAUGCGAUUUGGAAAGAAAGGGAAGCUCAGUCCUAGGUACGUUGGACCGUAUAAGAUUAUUCGGAAGAUCGGUAUGGUGGUAUACGAGCUUUAUUUGCCUUCAGAAUUGGAAGCAGUUCAUCCUGUAUUUCAUGUUUCUAUGUUGCGGAAGUGCAUUGGAGAUCCUUCACGUAUUAUGCCCAUUGAAAAUAUUUGUAUCGCUGAGGAUUUAUCUUAUGCAGAGGUACCAAUAGCUAUUUUAGAUCGGCAAGUAAAAAAGCUUCGAAAUAAAGAUGUAGCUUCUGUGAAAGUGUUAUGGAGAAAUAACAACGUCGAGGAAAUGACUUGGGAAGCGGAAGAGGAAAUGAGGAAGGAGUACCCCCAACUGUUUACCACUUAA